CUGCCACUUGAUGCCAACUUGGCACGCGAUACAUUGGACCUACUGUGUUAGUGGUUGCCAAACUGACCAGUCACGACGCCGGACCCAUUAAAAAUUUGGGAGACGGGCGGCUUCAACACCACGCAAGACGACGAGCCCCACGUUCCCUCACUUUGAAGAAUUGAUACCAUGCAUAAACCACGAAUCGCACAUACCGCCAAACACCAGCAGUAUCUAUACCCAGGCCCGCAGCAAGCAUUCUUUUGAUUGGAAAGUCCCGCCCCGAAUCGCUUCAGGAAACCCCCGCGGAGUAUUCUCAACAAUGAAGGUUCUCAGCCUCAACUUCCUCACAUGCGCCGUCAAGGCAUGCAAGAGCUCAUCCGCCUCGUACCCGUUGCACCCCAAGGACGCCGAGCUCGUGCAGGAUGACAUCGAGAUCAACCCCGACUUGCUCGUCAACGUGCUGCCGCGGCUUGACUGGGCUGCCCUGUCGACCACGGCGACAGAGCUCGGCUUCCCCGCCCUCCCUCCACAACCACCCACAGCAGAGGAGCUCCUCGAAGGGGCUUCAGCCGAGGGCGACGAGGCGCCAGUGUACAGCAAGACGCUGACAGACCUGCACCGCCUGCUCAUGGAGACGCAGAUGAUGGAGGGCAAGCUCGUGUGCGCCAACUGCGGGCACGAGUACGCCGUGCGCGAGGGGAUCGCCAAUUUCCUGUUGCCCAGCCACUUGGUCUGAGAGUCCUCCCCUCCCUUCCCCCUUCGCUCGGAAAAUUUUCACGUCGAAGGGACUGGGUGGUUUUGAAAGCAAGCCGGAAAGCGCGGUGCUUGGAGAGCCGGAGGAGGAGAGGAGUCUGGGGCUUUCAGCAAGACAGAGACCUUUCUGCACCACUUUGAUGGUUACUGCCUUGGAAAAAAAAAAGUGCCCAUGACAGGAACAGGCGUCAAGGGGCGCCGGCCGGGACUGAAAGGGAUGGAGGGACAGGAACAGCAUGAGAUCUGGA